AAGCGUUUUCGAUUUUAUAUUUUUAGAUUGAUUUGUACGUGAGUCCUACAUCUCUUGGUAGCGAGCACAUCCAGGGUUUCAUUCAUUCAUUCAUUCAUUCCAUAUUAAAAAUCUUUUUCAAUCCAAACGAACGCUCCCUCGUAGUCGUGUUCUCGCUUUGCUUUAUUUCAAUUCCAACAACAAAGCACUAAUUUAUCUGUCGUUUCGUUUCUGGAAUCCCUUGCUUCAUGGGUCGCCCACCCAGUAACGGAGGCCCCGCCUUCCGCUUCACUCAGCCUGAGGUAACAGAAAUGGAGGUUAUUCUUAAUGAACACAACAAUGCAAUGCCAGCACGAGAGGUUCUUGCAGCUCUUGCAGACAAGUUUAGUGAGUCACCUGAGCGUAAAGGCAAGAUUACAGUACAGAUGAAACAGGUAUGGAAUUGGUUUCAAAAUAAGCGAUAUGCGAUAAGGGCUAAAUCUAGUAAGACUCCUGGGAAGUUAAAUAUCACGCCCAUGCCUCGGGAUAAUAUGGCACCAGCAAGGAAUAUGCCUCAACUAACAGCUUCUCCCAUUNNUGCUCCUUCAGUUUCAGUUCAAACAACAGCAAAAGGAACUCCUGAAAAUUCAGUUAUGGAAUUUGAAGCUAAAUCUGGAAGGGAUGGAGCAUGGUAUGAUGUGGCAAACUUUCUAUCUUACAGACAUUUGGAGAGUAGUGAUCCGGAAGUGCUUGUGCGUUUUGCUGGUUUUGGAUCUGAGGAAGAUGAGUGGAUUAAUGUGCGAAAGAAUGUCAGACCGCGCUCUCUACCAUGUGAAUCAUCAGAAUGUGUCGCAGUGCUCCCUGGAGAUCUCAUACUUUGUUUUCAGGAGGGUAAAGAACAAGCGCUUUACUUUGAUGCCCAUGUCCUUGAUGCUCAAAGACGAAGACAUGAUGUAAGAGGUUGUCGUUGUAGAUUUUUGGUUCGCUAUGAUCAUGAUCAGUCUGAGGAAAUUGUGCCGCUUAGGAAGGUUUGUCGGAGGCCUGAAACUGAUUACAGAUUACACCAACUUCAUGCAGUGCAUGAUUCUGCUGCACCUGCUGAUCAGAAGAGUGGCAUGGAUCCAGCAAAUAUUCAUGGCAUCAAGGUUACUAAUUCUUCAGAAACGGUGCAAAAGCAACAGCAGAUUGCAAACAUUCAUAUAGUAACACCAGUUUUGCAAACAAAUGUUUCUAUACCACCACUACCACCACCACCACCACCACAAAGUAUGAAUGUGGAUCCAAAGAAAGUUGAAACAAAACUUGAUGUUCAAGCUGGAAAUUCUGUCACUCCAGUCAGUGUGCCAUUCACUACUAGCAAUGUUCCUGAAGUCUCCACUCAGAACCUGGCUGAAGGGAAGUAACUGGAAUAUGCCUUUUCAAACUACUAAGUACUAACUAGUUGGAUAGUUUAUCUUUUGCACAAAAUGCUUGUACAUGAGUUUUUGACUGCUGUUUUAUCUUAACUAUGGGAAUUAAAAAUGGUAAAUUACCCUCCUCUUUGAAACAGACGCAUGAAUUCAUUCUCCUAAUCUUUUAUGUUAAAAUAUACAUCUGAGAAAAAGAAAGUUCAAAAAUAUA